AUAUUUGUCGAUAUUAAAUCUCCGUGUGCGGAGGAGUGCGAAUUCAAUACGGAAUGCAGUUGUUAGUGCAUAAAUAAUUAUAUCGCCGACGAGUGUUCAGUUGUAACUUGUAAUAGAAUAUAUAAUGAGUGUCCUCAAUCGAAUACAUCACGCUGACGGCUCUCUCAUUUUUUAGUCCGCCGUUGGAAAGCGUCCGGGAGAGAUUGAAAAGAAUUAGCAUUUUUAUGAUCGCUAUCUGUCCACGACUGCUCUCCGGUUUUCUUCGUUCAAGUCGCUUUCAAGUACUUGCACAUCCGAUCGCGAGAAUGAGGUGCUUGCUCGUCGGUGUUGUGUUUUUCACGUGUAACUGUUUAAUACGGGGUCAGGAUGUGGUGUUCCCGACGGACGAAGAGACUUCUCACGUCAGCGGCGGCAAUUCUACGGUGAUAACGGACCGUUUACCGGUGCUGACGAACGACUGUCCGAAAAAUAUGCUGCUCUACCCGGGCGACGGUUCGAAGAGCAACUGGGUAUGCGACUGCAGACCGCGAUUCCUGUACUUCCCGUUGAACGACUCCUGCCACGAGGCGUACAUGCAGGGCCCCUGUCCGCCUGGGAAUUACGUCGUUCUGCCCGAGGACGAGUCGGUGCCGCAUUGCGCGGUGAAUCCUUGCGGCGAUGCGAACGGCGUGGUGCCGUUCAACGGCACGUGUUACGCUCUCCGAACGAUCGGCGGCCCGUGCGCGCCCGACGGGGUGAUAGGCGUGAAUGAGACAAACUUUCAAUUGGAAUGCGUGUCGGCGGACAUUGCGCCCUUUAUGAUAAUCAAUCCUCCGAAAAGGCCGUCGUCCAAGUGCCCGCCGGGCAGUCGCAGGAGCACGCAAGGAAUAUGCAAACAAGUAAGAGGUUAAUCACGGGCUCGUCAGGCUGCAUCGAAUACUUCAAUAUAUUGUUGCAGUAUAAUUUAUAUGUAAUCGCAAUUCGUAAUAGCCGCACUUAAAUAAUAUCAAAUAACAAUGUAGGCUUAUUAACAAGUGUCUCUCACUGUAUAUUUAAAAUCCACAAUCUGAUGUAGUCGACAUACGUCAUGUAUCGCACGUAUGUAGUGGAAUCGGAAAAAUAUAUAUGCAAAAAAGCAGUUACUAACUUCCACGACUUCUUAUAUUCCUAUGACUAUUUGUUCGCUUUCGUUAUAUAAUGUAUUAUCCAUGGAAAUACUUAUAUACUGUGAUAUAUACAUUAUUAUUAAUAUGAUUUUUAUAUAUACAAGUCUUACGAUACGUCUAAAGUUAGAAAAUCGAUUAAACGAAGACGCAACUGUUAAAGAAUUUAGCUUCAAUUAUAUGUGAGAAAUGUAAUUUUUGUGAUAAGUUGACAAAUUCUGAACAAAGACUGUACAUGUGUUUCAAAUUGUUCAAUAAAAAGAAACAUUAAACUGC